AAAUAAGAGAACACAGUUGUUUUAUUCCAAGCGCCGUGUACUUGAAUGAGGUUAUCCUUGGUGCACAAGCGUCUGGUCGUGGUAUAUACAAUAACAACUGUGACGCGUAAAAUAUAGGUCUCAUAUCGUCUGUACAGCUUUGCGGUAAACAUAGGAUACCUCAAAAACUUAUCCAAACCUCGAGUUAACUUCUCAGAGGCUCGGUUUAACCAACGGAAAUGCGAAGAAGGUGAAUCAGAUGUUAGAGUUGACAACGGAAUAGAAGAUCCCCUUUAAAAGCCCAGCCCCGCCACCGACCUGAUCAGCCAGUUAAACAAACGCUCCGUGUGACACAAUUUAAGGGGGCAACAUCGCGUCGGUGUGGUGUGGUGACUCAAUUUCCUAAACAGGAUAAACCGGAACAGCUGAUAGAGAGAGAGAGAGAGUGGAGGGAAGAUCAGUGACUCCAGUGAAAAUGCAAACGUGAAUCCGACGUCAACACCGUAACCCAGUCUACUUGUCUGGUUCGCCCGCUGCGGACCAAAAAGCUUACAAUAUGGCGACUGGAUAUAUAGUUCAAGCUUACCAAAGGACUUGGAGGAGAUUUAUUUUAUUGUUGUUUUUUGUUGCGAACAUCGGUGAAGCGAUACGACUUAACGGAAGAGAGAAUUCCUAUGCUCAAUACUCAAAAUGGCACGCGUGCGUGCACUCCACUCUAAGUUUUGAGUUUAAGACAAGAAACCGGGUAGGUUUAUUAUUUUACAUGGAUGACACUCGGGGAGGUUAUGAUAUGAUGAAAAUGAAACUUGUGGGUGGUAGACUCCAAUUUGUAUUGAAUUUUGUAGACGGCAAUGAAGGUAAAGUCAGCUUUAAUCCCGAGGGAGUCUUCAACGACGGUCGUUGGCACACGGUCGAAAUAAAACGAAAUCGAAUGGAAACCAUUCUAAUAACAGAUGGAAAUCAAAAUCAAAAAAUUGCCAUAGGAUCAAGAUCAGAUUUUAACUUCGGAGAAAUAAGCCAGAACUCUCCUAUGUACUUCGGUGGUAUCCCAAGCAUAGAAGAAAGACCAUUAAACACAUAUGUCGAUACCCGAGUUCAGUUCGAAGAAAGAUUCGAGGGAUCUUUUAGAAAUAUUAUUUAUUCAAAUUGUACGAGCCAGCGAGUCAGGGCGAUUUUGGAAAAGUCACAGGGGAUGACACGGGAUAACGAGGAUCCCUGUGACACGUACAACUCCUGUAACCCAGGCUGUGUGUGUGUGACAUCAAACAGAAAUCAACCCAAAUGUGAUUGCAAGGACGCUCUCAGGGGCCCCACUACCGACGCAGAUACAAUGUAUACACUGCCAAUGAACCAAAUUAUCGGCGGUGAGGUAUAUAACCCAUCUGGUUUAGACGCUAUCCCUAUCCGUAAUCCUGCCAUCAAGACCUUUAGAGGACUUCUAGAUGACAAAGCUGUGGAAUUGGAUUGUGACAAGCAACAAGCUAUUGAAGUGUCAGGGAAGGCUCACAAGGGAGAGUGUUUUGGUGACCUAGACCUCUGCGACCAAGGUUAUACCGUGGCAAUGUGGGUUAAUUUCAAGAAUGCUCCAUAUCGACAAGGAGUUUAUAUGUCCAACGGUGGUCAUAAUAGGAAAAACCACGGUGUUGCAAUGAAGUACCGUAGUGGUCACAUAGAAUUUGUAUUCCGCAACAAGGCAGCACAAGAAUGGGUCGUCAAGGGGGAUAAUGUCUUGGAGGGACGCUGGUACCACGUCGCAGCGUCUUGGGACCGCAAUCGGGGCCUUUUCCUCUAUGUGAACGGAGAACAGGUUGACCAUGCCAGUUCCUCGAGGAGAAAAGGCAAAUUGGACACAACCCAUGCUGAUACUUUCGCCAAGUUUAACUUGGGUCGUUCCAACGAUGCUGAGGGAUCUGCCAGCACAGGAACACUACUAGUGGAUGAAUUUACUUUCUGGUCUAAAUUCAUGACGGCCAAAGAUGUGCGAGAGAGUAAGAAAGGACCCUACUAUCGGUACUAUUUCCCAAUGGAGGGCACAAGCGGCGGCCAGCUCAUAACUCCUAGUUCUCUGAUACGGGCAACAGUGGGCGGUAACCCUGUUGCUGUCAUGGGCCAAUACGAAUCCGCCCUCAAGCUGGAUGGCAUCCGGGACUACGUGACCCUUGGAGACGUCCGAGACACCUGCCUAGGCCACCACGCCAAGUGUACCAAAGGCUGGUAUAUGUCCAUGUGGGUGAAAUUUGACAGCUUGCCCAACGGUAUGGUUCUUUUUGAUAAUGGCAACGGCACGACCAUCACAUACAGAAAUGGACUCCUGACUGCUCUGGUUACGAUGGCGCAAGGCGGUAGGGUAAAAUCUUGGCAGGCUUCGGCAAGAAACCUUGCGAUGAAUCAGUGGUACUUCUUGGAAGUCUCCUGGAGUCAGACCAUGGGGCUUAGUAUGUACGUCAACCUCGAUGAAGUAGACCGUGAUAACUCUCCCACCAAUGGACAACUUUCAACGUCAUUUACACAUGAUAUGUACAUCGGGAGGGGGAAUUCCAGGGUUGCUCCAUAUGCCCCAGUAACCAUUGACGAUCUUGAAAUUUGGUAUGCUGAUAGAAAGAGUCUGUUGGACCUGGAUUUCAUUAUGCGAGGACCACCACAAAGUCAUCUCUUUGGAUUGGACUUUAAACUCAGCAAGACCCGUGUCGCAGGCCCCUUCCCCGUACACAUCCACUCCAAUCCCAGUAUCGUUGACGGCAAAGUGUUGGGCGCACUGUGGUUGAACGGCGACGAACAGCACGCAGAGGUGAAGAUUGUCAACAAAGAAAACUGCCUAGGAAACCUUGACGCCUGUCCCCAUGGUGUUACUUUAACCUUCUGGAUUCAGCCGGUAGAAAUCAAGGAUAAAACCUACUACAUUUCAACGGGGUUGAACGGUAUCACGGCGUCUUACAUCAACGGUGAAUUAGUAUUCAAAGUGGAGACAACCUCUCGCACGUGGAUGGCCAAGACGCGAGCUCUCAACCCAGCAACCGGACUCCGAGAAAUCGACCCAGAUGCUUGGUACUUCAUUGAACUCUCCCUUCAUCCCGAUAGGGGUCUCAAAGUAUACGUGAAUGGCGAAAUGGCAGGACAAGACAAGUCCCCAGACCUCAGAAACAUUGACCAAAACUUUGUGUACACGACAGAGAAAGAUAGGUUCUAUAUUGGUAGGGGGAACUUGGAUAUGACUGACAAAAGGUAUGCCAACGCUACCAUUGAUGAGGUGAACUUCUGGUAUGGCCCUAGGGAUUAUCUGACGGCAUUUGGAUAUCUCAGGAGAGGUUUGCCUGAGCACUUUUUCAUCACUUUUGAUGACAUUCGCAGCGGUCGCGUUGUCCACGACAAACUUAACAUCUUAACUAGGGGCAAUCCAGUGGCCGUACCGGGCAAAAUCAACAACGCUCUGUCCCUGUAUGGUGGACAGUAUGCCGAUCUUGGCGAUCAUAGUGACAAAUGCCUGGGCAACCUCACAUUCUGCAAACGUGGUUUCACUAUGGCAACUUGGAUGAAUAUUCGUAAUCGCCCAUUGGAAGGUACAUACUACUUCUCAUCUGGAAGAGAUGGCAUGCAGAUUUACUACCAACGGGGAAUGUUGUACGCUGAUUUUCGCUUAAAUGACAAACUCUGGAGAGUCACUCUGCCUGAUGUACGCACAAAUGAAUGGCAAUUCUUGGAGUUCUCUUGGCAUCCAAAACACGGGCUUACUGUGUAUAAAAACAAUGAGCUGGUUGGUAGCGAUGCUAACGCACAGAUUGAUACGUCUUAUGUCAGUCAAGGGAACAACUUCUUCAUUGGUAGAUCAAAUAAUGUGAGGAAUUUCAACAACAUAGAUGCCUUGUUUGAUGACACGGAGAUUUGGUAUGCCAGGCGAGAGGAUUUGGUUGCUUUCAACUAUAUACAAAGAGGAAAAUACCCGAAGGAAUCAUUCUCUUUUGAAAAUGCCGACGGGAGCAGAGUUAUACAUCCAAGACACAGUGUCAUUCUGCACAAUAAUGCCCAUCUGGUUGUCGGCGAUGUCGGGAACGCUGUCGAUCUGAAUGGAAAUGCCCAGUUCGUCACACUGGAAAACCUGUACAGAACGUGCAUGGCCAACCUAGAACUCUGCAAGCACGGUCUUACCAUGUCCUUCCGUAUUAAACCGCGCGAUAUGGCUGACAACACAUACUUCCUUUCCAGCGAUGCCUAUAAAGUGUUUACCAGAAAUGGCCGCGUGCAUGUCACCUUCAGCGACAGGAAUAGAACGUGGGAGGUAUCAACGGACGCAAUCCGUAAAGACAACUGGAAUCUUGUAGAUAUAUCCUGGCAUCCGACUAAGGGAUUGGAACUGUACGUGGAUAACCAGAAAGUUGCCAGCACAACCGUCUUCACAACUCAACCCAAUAGAGAGGUCACCAACAGAAACGUGUACAUUGGUAAAACGGAUACUUACAUGAUACGCGAAAACUACGCCAAUGCUAUAAUAGAUGAACUUCAGUAUUGGUACACGCCGAUUGACCAGCUCAUUGCCUUUGACAUACUGGCAAGAAGGUCUAUCUCUAACCAAACUGUUAAGAUGGAUGUUAUCAAUGGUAAUAUUAUCCCAAAUCCAAAUCCAAAUUUGGUGAUCACUGCAAGUGGAAGGCCAUCUGUUGUUCCUGCACAACCGGGUGAUCCAUUCAAUGCUAUUUACGUCACCAGAGAUCAAUAUAUUGACUUUGGUGGGAACUUCACUUGCGCCGGGAACCCACAGAAGUGCUACAAUGGUUACACCCUUAGAUUCAAGACCAAUCCCAAAACUCUGAACGAGAACAUGUAUUUUAUAAACAGUAACCCUGUGAAUGUUUACUGGAAAGAAGGAAGGCUGCACGGAGUUUUUAACACACCGACACAGACAUGGGAAGUUUCCACACCGGAUUUCUAUGCCGGAUCGUGGCAUGACGUUGAUUUAUCUUGGGACAGGGAAAAUGGUCUAAUUUUGUACAUCAAUGGCACCAAAGUGGACCAAAGAGUCCGCCCUAUCAUCAGAAAAGACCCUAAUGACUACAACAAACAUUUUUUCAUCGGCACCAAUAAGAUAACUCCGACUAUGCUUAACAUUGAUGCGGUAGUUGAUAACUUUGAGACCUGGAAUUACAAGAGAGACUAUUUGGUCAGCAAGGGUAUAAUUACACUUUUCCAAGUAACCACUCCAGCGCCAAUUACAACCCCUGCUCCGCCUAGAAUUAACGCCAUCUAUCAAGACGGAAACAACCGCUGGAUACCUUACCAUAUUUAUAACUUGCCCCCAAUUUUUAAUGUUCAAAACGACAGGGAGACGCUUUCCAUCGACUUCGUUGCCAACUACCCUGAUGGUCUUAUCUGGUCCAGUGAAAAUGAUAACAGGAAGAUUUACUUGGCGCUCAAGAGAGGUAUUCUCCAAAUGGGUGUCACCUUCCCCGAUGGUUUGAGCCAACUUCUCAGUGUGGCCCCACGCUCUGGGAACUUCGCCGACGGUCGACUCCACAGGGCAGUCAUAACACGGGAUGGGCGAGUGGUGUCUAUAUCCGUGGACGGAGCCCAAGGCGACAGAAACAUCAGGUUCGAGCGCCCGUUCCGGCUGAUCGACAGGGACACCGUCUACCUCGGCGGUCACCCUGACGUGUCAGCCUUCACGGACGGAGCGGUAAAUAGGGGGCUGAGUGGCAGAAUAACAGAGGUAAUCAUAAAUGGAAACAGGUUCCCCAUCCCACUGAAUCUGAUGACAGCUUUCCUUCAAAACACCCUUCCAAAUUACAUUCCUGGAGUGCAGAAUGUCAUCAUCGAGGUCGACGGUGUGAGAAAAUACUUCCCUACUCCACCACCGCCAACAUCAGCCAUUCCAACUCCAGUUACCUUCACGGACGAAGCUGCCUUUAUCUAUACCACCAACAAUCCACCUAAAUUUGGUCGGUCUGCUGACGAAAUAUCAUUCACUAUGAGGACGGUUGAACCCGAAGGUCUUAUAUUGAUAAACAAGGCAAGAACAGGUUCGGAUGAUUUCCUGGCAAUUGAAAUUAUGGAUGGAAAACUUUGGUUGGUUGCUGAGCGUGCCGGAGAGACCAUGAGAGAAGCGUUUUCUGAUACUAUGGUAAACGAUGGUCAACCACAUAGGGUGAAAAUUCAACGCAACAGCUUUGGUUUGACGACAGAGCUAGACGGCAACAGGAGGAACGUACGCGUUCCAAGACUAGGCAGCGGAUUCAACUUGGGUGAACUGACGUACAUUGGCGGGUAUAGGUAUACAACCAAUUCGCUUCUCCCUUGGAAGACAUGGGCUCGUAAAGGCUAUGUGGGUUGUAUUUCAGAUUUUGUGGUCAAUGGAAAAUACGUUGAUAUCAAACAGCUGGCUGCCCAACAGAGUGUUCGCACAGGUGGAAUACAGGAGGGUUGCUUCUCAAUGCCGACCCGUUGUAGAAGUCAGCCAUGUUUGAAUGGAGGGGUGUGUCAUGACCGGUGGGAUAGAUACGAAUGUGACUGCACCGCCACUGACUACAGAGGGCGUAACUGUGAACAACUUGCACCCAUUGGGAGAUUUGACGGCCGAACUGGAGUUUACGUGGAUAUCUUCCCGUCUCUUCACACCCACAAAAACGAUAUCAGCUUACGUUUCCUGACAACAGAGAGAAAUGGCGUUUUGUUCAACACCUAUGAUGGAGGGCGGACCAAUACCUACAUGAAGGUUGCCCUUGAAAACGGGAGAGCUAAACUCAUGACAAAUCUUGGUGGACGUGAAAUAAACCCCAUGUAUGCUGGAAAUAAUCUGAACGAUGGCAAUUGGCAUACUCUCCACGUCAAAAGACGCGGUGAACAACUCGAGUUCUGGAUUGACAAUGACGCUCAUCAAAAAUACACAUUACCCGGCGAAGGAUACUUACUGGACAUCGCUCGCAUUAAUAUCGGAUAUCCAGGCGGCAGCAUACAGAACCUACGCCCCUCUGACAUAUUCAAUGGCUACAUCAAAAACAUGCACUUGGCUGAGCUACCCGAUAAUAUCAUUAUCGACUUCAAAGAUCUGAGAAUUUACUACGUGCCCAACUAUCCCGUCACUUUCCGUUCCCACCAGACACACGUCUCAAUAGACGAUCUCCGCAACAGUGAUUUGAACAACCUGAAAUUUGCCUUCCGCACCAAUAACACCGACGGCCUAAUUCUUUUCAAUGGUCGGGGUGCUAAUGAUGAUUUCAUCGCCGUAGAGUUAGAAGGAGGCUACAUAAGCUUUUCAUUUAACAACGGUAACUCUGGACCAGUGAAAAUUAAGAAUAUCAAGAAGGGGCCACUGAAUGACAACAGGUGGCAUCUUGUGGAAAUCCAACAAACGUCGCCAACGGAGUGGGUCGUCGGCGUGGACAACAUUUAUGAGCGAAGAACUAUCAGUCAACAACAGACGGGGACUUUCAGCCUUCGAGGGGGUCUCUUCAUCGGGGGCGUGCCCGAGAAUAUGUAUAAUCAACUCCCAAGGGUUAUCACAUCUCGGCGCGGGUUCCAGGGCUGUUUCGAUGAUCUCACUUUUGGCCAGGGAUCGAAACCUGACCUGGUCCGAGCAGGUGCAGGCCAAGUUAGCGUAGGUUGCACAGGUCCAAUUGCAAUGUGUGCUGACGACACAUGCAAGAAUUCAGGAGAGUGUAUUCAACUUCCAAAUGGGUUCUACUGUGACUGUAACAUGACCUCCUAUACUGGAGAUAGAUGUACAGAGGACAGCACUUCGUUCUCCUUCACGAAGGGAAUCAUCGUGUACCGUAUCAACGACCCCACCCCGUCCAGUAAGGAUGACAUCGCCCUCGGGUUCAUCACCAACUAUCCUGACGGGACCCUGCUUCGUUCAGACGGCGCAGGCGGGGACUUUAUAGAGCUCAAACUUGAAAACGGCUAUGUGGUUGCUACUUAUGACAUUGGCGACGGCGUCCAGAGAGUCGUGGAGGACAGGCGGAGAUUCAAUGACGGCAACUAUCAUAUCGUGCGUUUUACAAGAGAUGGCCGCAACGGAUUCCUCCGAGUUGACAGCUUACCAACAAGAGCGAUUAGACCCAGUAGUGGAGUGAUGACAUUUUUCAAUCUCCUGAAGGAGAUAAAAGUAGGAGGAAACCUGGACUCCAGAGGAAAUAUUAUUGACUAUUUCACAGGAAUUAUCUCAGGGGUAAACUAUAACAGGUUGAGGGUCCUGGAUCACGCCAAGGACAAUCCAGACAUUAUCACUGGGACCGUGCGUUUUACAUUCCCGCCAUACGUAAUCCCAACUACACCUGUUAUUUCAACAACUACACGGGCCCCAAGACCCCCAGGGCCACCAGAGGGAAUCCAGGUUGAUGUCAGGACCACAGAUGCCAGGGUCACCUGGCAGAGUCCCGCCAGCACUGGAGGUUCACCCCUCAGGGGUUAUUUGAUUAGGGUCAAACAAGAAGGGGGCGUGUGGGAGACUGCAAACAUGGGACCAGAUAUCUUCUCUCACACUUUCACAAACCUCAUCCCAAAUACGCAGUAUUAUACUCAGUUGUUUGCACUCAACUCUGAUGGAUACAGCGUUCCUGUUCCUGCUGAUUUCCAAACACUCACUGAAAAAACAACACCUGGACCACCAAGGAAUCCUGUGAUCACUGAUGUCACUUCAGAACGGGCUGUUGUCAAAUGGCUGCCUCCAGCUGAUAAUGGUGGAUCUGAGAUAUUGUAUUAUGACGUGGCCAUCCGAGACCUCGACAACCCUACAUGGACCACUGUUGGGAACCGGCUUUCAGUAGGGACAACACAGUACAUACUGAAUAAUUUGGUUGAAGACAAAUACUAUACAGUGCGUCUCUAUGCCUAUAAUGCCCAAGGGCGCAGCCCUCCAGCCAUCAUUGACAGAUUCAAAACCGAAGUUGUACGAAGACGCCCUGGUCCACCACAAGGUUUGAGACCUACCAACAUAUUAGCAGAAUCCCUUGUCCUGAACUGGUCACCUCCACAGCGACCCAAUGGUAUUAUCCGCCAUUACGAAAUUGAGAGCAGAAAUGAAAGAGAUCCACCCAACAGAUUUCAGUCUCAUGGUAGAGUUAAUGGAAUAACACUGAGCAAACUGAUAUCUAAUCUAAUUAGUGAUGACAGAUAUGUAUUCAGGGUGAGGGCAAUCAAUGAUGUUGGUCCUGGUGACUGGGCAUCAAGUGUCUUUCAGGUGACUCCUGCUGAAGGCACACGUCCAUCCCGUGUCCGCGACUUGGUGUUUUCUAUCAUUGGUGAAGACAGUCUGACCCUAACCUGGCAACCCCCUAUACUUGAGGGUGGUGGACCUGUGACAAAUUAUCUUGUGCAGUAUCAGAACAUCAAUGAUGAAAGGUGGAGAAACGGCCCCACAGUCCCAGCACCUGUGACUAGGACAACUCUAACUGGCCUAACCAACAAACAAUACUACAAUGUACGGGUUGCUGCUGUUAAUAAGUAUGGCAGAGGUGACUUCAGUCAGCUGGGCCCACAACUUGUUGAUGUGGCCUCUACUCCACCAGAACUUCCAAAUGAUCUGACUGUUAUUGCUGAAGAUUAUGAUGAGAAAAGUAUGACUGUCAGAUGGUUCCCUCCUACAUACGCAGGAAACCCUCCAUUUGAUAGAUAUGUGUUACAAAUCAAAGAUGCUGAUACUAACAGAUGGAUGAGUCCAGUGACCCUUAGUGAUGAAACAACUACGUACAAAUUCAAAGAUUUGGAUCUUGGUCAAUACUAUUCUUUCAGAGUAGCAGCAGAAAGUGAAAAAGGAAAAUCUCCAUUCUUCACCAUUGGCCCCAUCCUUUUCCAGAGUAAAGCAGAGAGACCAACUCCACCACAAUCUUUGAGAGUCAUGAAUGUCACCAGAAACAGCAUCACGGUAGCAUGGGAUGCACCUAUUUAUGAUGGAGGAUCUUCAAUUAUCCAUUAUAUUGUCGAGACACGUGACAUGAAUAGUAGUUCUUGGGUUGUCAGAGGAGCUGACAUUGGGGCUGAGGUAAGACUCUUCAGGAUAACAAAUCUGCUUGAAGAACGACCAUAUUUGGUUCGUAUCAGUGCUGAAAAUGUCAUUGGCAGAAGCAACCCCAACCAGAUGACAGAAUAUGUCACACCAAAAGAUAUCAUUCAAACACCACUGGAACCACAGUAUAUUUAUGUAGAAGAGAUGAAAGACACCCACAUGAUAGUCAAAUGGGUUAAGCCUAUUUGGGAUGGAAAUUCACAGAUUCUCAGAUAUGUCAUCGAAAUCAAGGAAGAAGGCACUAAUAGAUGGAAAGUAGCAUCAGAAGUUGGUCCUGAUAAACGUACCCAUCGCAUCGAUGGACUUAAACUAAACAAGGGCUACUGGGUUAGAAUAAAGGCAGUGAAUAAAAAAGGAAGUGGACCUUAUAAGAGCACUGACUUGGUGAAACCAACUCUCAAUGUUCCAUUCGCUCCCAGGGAAGUUCAUGUGGUUGGAAUUGCAACAGCAGACAAAGUUCAUGUUGAAUGGUUAGAACCUCUGUUUGAUGGAAACUCAGUCAUUACCAACUAUAUAAUUGAAAUUAAAGAUGAAACGGCAGGAAGUGGCUGGAAAAGAAUCGGAAAGACUGCCGGUGGAAUUAGGGAAUAUUUCCUCAGGAAUUUAACUGAAAGCCACAUCUACCUUGUGAGGGUCUCUGCAAAGAAUGCCAUUGGUAGAGGUGAACCAAAGGAAGGAAACGAAAGAAUCGUCAUUCAGACCUCGAUCAAGCCUCCAAGUGCACCAAGGAACCUUAUAGUAAAAUCCGAAGGAAAUGGGCUGAUUGCCUCGUGGGAGGAGCCAGUAGACCUUGGCGGUGCUGUUAUAGACAGAUAUAUACUGGAAUCCAGACUGUCAUCAGCUGAUGACUGGGUUUUGUACAACUUCAUCCCAGGUACAUCACUUUCUCAAGUCAUUAAAGAUCGUCAAGUGGGAAAGGGUUACUAUGUCCGUGUUGCAGGUAUCAAUGUAGCUGGCCAAGGUCCAUUUACUGAAACACCAGGCCCCAUAGUUGUUGUAGGUGGCCCAGUUGUGCAACCUGGGAAACUUCCAAAUGGCAUGGGUGGUGCUGGGGCUGCUGGUAGUGGAGCUGCAGGUAAUGUGAUAGGUGUGCCUGGUACUGCAUUUGGUGGUGCUGGACAGGUUGGAGCUGCUGCCCUGGCACCAGCUGCAGUUGUUGCUGGAGCUGGUGGAUCUGGUGCUGCGGUAGGUCCUCUAGUUGGAGCAAUAGCAGGCACUCUACUAGGACUUAUGCUUCUUGGCAGUGCAAUAGCAUGGGCAUUAUACAAGUGCAAACCUGGUUUGAUUCCAUGUGGUGGUGGCAAAGCUGGAGGAGGUGGUAUUUCAUCGAUCUCUUCGCCAAGUGGUGCAGCUCUGGUAGGAGAGGGUGCAGGUGCUGGAGCUGGUGCUGGAGCUGGGGUCAAAGCUGAUGCUAAUGGAGCUGCAGCAGGUAGUGGAGGUGGAGCAGCUGCUGAAAACUAUUUUGCUGCCAUAGCUGGAGCAGGUGGAAAUGCAGGAGGCAGACACGGAGUAAUCUCGGUAUAUGAUGCAGCCAAUACUGACAUAACUGAUGCAGGUGCAUAUGGAGCAGGAGCAGGUGCAGGCUACGGAACAGGAGCAGGAGCUGGAUAUGGUGCAGGUGCUGGGUAUGGAACUGGCAACUUUAUGCAGGAAUCCAUGCAAACCCAGUCCUAUGAAUCUGCUACAUAUGGUGGCUAUGGAGCAGGGGCUGGUGCAGGUGGUUAUGGUACCACAGGUGCUGGAGCUGGUGGUAGAAGUUACAGUAUGAGUGAUGCAGGAGGGUCUAUGACUGGUGGCAAUGCUGGCUAUGGCACAGGUGCUGGCUAUGGCAUGGGCACCAUGGGCUCCUCUUCCUACAACUACCAGAUGGAAAGCACCAUGACUACAGGAGGUGGUGGGAAUAUUCAGAUGAUGGGUAUAAACCAGGCUGCUGGAGGAGUGCCUGUUCCAUUCCUGACUCUGUCUGAAGAAAUCAAGGUGGAUACCUGCCUACUGACCAAUAAUGGCCGCUAUGUGGUGACAGGCUCAAGCUGUGGACCUCCCCAAAUUUGGGACAUGAGUAAUGGUGAACUGGUGCGUAUUAUGAAGGGAGAUGACAUGGCCUCUACUGAUCUCCAUCUUGCCAUGAAUGAUUCCUUGUUAGUUGGUCAAGUUGGUGCUGAACCAGUUCAUUUAGAUAUGAAUGAUGUCCAAGCUGGAAACCAUGUUCCAUACAGGAAACUACAGAUCUGGGACUUUGACACAGGAAUGCCCCUUGACAUGCCCCAUCCAGAGCUUUGCACAGCCAGUUGUAUGAUGAAUGAUGGAGAAAAGGUCGUCUUUGCACGCACAGAUCGUUUUGGAAACAGCACCAGUGUUAUUGUCUACGAUCUCCCUGGAAAUGAAGUUAUCCGUGAGUUCAAGUAUGAGGGUGCUAUAGGGAUAGCUGAUAGUGUUAGCUUCCUUGCCCUCUCUCCAGACAACCGGUAUGCUGUGGCUGGGUUCCACAAUUCCUAUGAUGGAAAUGCCAACUUCUUGGUCUUUGAUCUCACCAGCCCAUACAACACUGCCGAGCCCAAAAUCUUGGCCCUUGACGCAGAACCUGAAUGUACUGCUGUUCUGGAUAACCACGAGGCAGUUACAGGUACACGCAAGGGAGAACUUACCAUAUGGAGUUUGAGAACCGGUAAAGCACUCAGACAGCUGAUUACUGGAGGGGACACCACAACAAUGGGCAGAGGGGUUUCUAACACUGUUGCCCACACUGGUGAGGUUAGGGCUGUUGUUUUGUCUCCUGAUGGAAAGCAUCUUGUAUCAGCCUCUUCAGAUGGAACUCUUAAAGUUUGGAAUACAGCUACAGAGAAAAUGGAACACAAUCUUCGGGGCCACGCAGAUGAGGUUUGGUGUGCAGCCAUCUCCCCAGAUAAUGACUUCAUUGUCUCUGGAUCUCGCGACUGCACCAUACGCUUGUGGAAGAUGAAGUCGGGCAAAGAGAUCUGCAACUUCUACACAGGUAUUGAUGUCUUCACAGUGAAGAUAAGCAGUGACAAGAAGACCAUAGUGGCACUGGGUGACAAGUUUGCAUCAAGAAAACUUAUUAUGUUGCAAAUAGUGCACAGCAAAGGACCUAGGAGAUAAUAGGAAAGACUUCCACAUCAUGAUUUACAUGAUAAUGUUAAAACACCUGAGUAAACAUGUCAGUGGAAUUGGUAAAUUUCACUGAGGCAAUGUGAAUUUAGAAAAAAAAAGUUUUAAGGUGUUUCCAUCAAAUUGUGCAAAGACUAGUGAUCAGAAAUAAUUGGUUUAUAGUAUUUAGACUUGGUAAACUUGCCAAUGUUGAAAUGUGAUAUAUUAAACAUUUGAGAUAUAGUAUUAAAGUUUGAGCUGAAUCUCUAUUUAUGAGACAAAAUAGACAGCACGAGUCUUGCAGAAUUCUAGUAGAGUAGUUUCUGGAUAUCAGUUACCUUGAGGGUAGGGCUCAUAGCUAGCACAUAUGUUAUAUAUCUGUAUCUGUUAACAUGUAUUGUUCAACGAAUCACGAGUAGAAUUGACUGAAACAAAACACUUUUUCUGAGAUUGAAUUAUAAGUAUACAUAUUAUUCAUUUAUUUGAUGUUCUUUACGCAAUUUUCAAGUGCAUUUUAACAAGGAAGUAACAGUUUGGUGUAGUGCUGCCUUACUAUUUAUAUUAUUCGCAUUUGCUAUUUCAUAUAUUAAUUACACAUUUUUCUUGAAAUGUAUUGUAGACAAUUGGUCAUGCAAUGACAUUUGUUGCAGCAUGUAUUAUAUCAUUACUUUAUACCAAGUCGUAUACAUGAUUAAUAAUAUUAUUAAAUACAUUUUAUUAACUUAUAUACAUCGUGCAUGCUUAGUUGAAUAUAAUGUGUGAAGGAAUUGGAAAAGACCAGCUAGAUAUUUAUUGCAUUGUCUUAGCAAUGUUAUGAAGAGUUAUGCCAAAAGACAAAUUAAGUGCCAUUAUUUAUACUUUUAACUGUGACAUAUAUGAUUUAAGGCUUAACUAUGUUUGUGCUGUAAUGUUUAAUGUUUUUAAAGUGUCAGAAAAUAAAACCCAAGUUUAUGGCACAGUGCAAUAUGAACUUUGUGGUGAAGAGGUUUCUUUUUUAGUUUUUGUUGGCAGCUUCUUUCACCUAUGCUCAUAUUUGACAGGUAACAUGGUAUUUUACUCAUCUAUAUUUCAAAGCUCCCCAUGAUCCCUUGUUUUUUGUUUUUUUUUUACAGUCAAAUGACGUAAAAGUUUAUCUAAAAGAAGACAUGGGAAACAAGACAGCUUUGAAGUGUAUGGUAUUUGUGCAUAAUCCAAUUAAAGGAUUUCAAUUGACACAGCAAUUAAUUUGCUUUUCAAAAUAAUAGGUCUCAAACAAUAGGUCAAAAAGUAGAUGUAAUUUAUUCCCUUGCUUUCAGCACUUUUUUUGUUAUAUUUUAUACUCUUCUGUUGCUUUAAUGUCUUAUUGUCUUUUUUCAUACAAAUACAAUUCUGCUGUUUUUGUACACUUGCUUUUUUAAGGAAUAAAAUGACAUAUGUGAAAUGUCAAAAAGAUGCAAUUAUUGAUUGAUCACAGUAUUCUUAGAAUUAACAACUCCAUUGCAACAUUCC